GGAAAGAAAACUAAUACCCUAUCCCCAGAAUGCAUUUUCAAGAUCCUAUUUAUUUUAAAAUUAUUUAGUUUCCAGUUUGAGCUUCAGUGCUUUCUAAAGUAAGCAGGAGCAGUAAGCAGUCAUUGGAUUUUGAAUGCAAGUCAAUAUGUGGAAAAAACACUCCGUCCUUUACCUUUUGGUUUUGGCCAUUGCAAUAAACAAUGUAGCAUAUGGACAAAACAGAAGGAAGGGACAAAGGUUAAGUCCUCUAGCAAGAAAAGACAAUCUUCAGGAUUCUGUCUGUUUUAUUGACAUCAUCUUUGUUCUGGAUAGUUCUGAAAGUGCAAAGGGUAUAUUAUUUGAUAAGCAGAAAGAGUUUGCUAUCCUCUUAAGUGAUAAAGUCUUCCUCAUGAAGCCCACCCGUGUUCUCAGAUAUGACAUCAGACUGGCCAUCAUGCAGUUCAGUAGUACUGUCAGAAUUGACUAUCCUUUUUCAGUGUGGAGAAACUUGCAGAUUUUUAAGCAAAAAGUCAAUGAAAUGAGCUACAUUGGGCAUGGCACCUAUUCCUACUAUGCUAUUUCUAAUGCAACUCAGCUGCUCAAAGCAGAAGGCCGUAAAACGGGCAUCAAAGUGGUUUUGCUUAUGACUGAUGGUAUUGACCAUCCCAAAAGUCCUGACAUUCAAGAUAUAUCAGAAAAGGCCAGAGCUCUUGGAAUAUCUUUCAUUACCAUUGGUUUGUCUAAUGAUGUCAAUCAAACCAAGCUGCAUUUGAUAUCUGGUGAUUCUCCAGGGAAGUCUGUAUUCAUUUUGAAUGAGCCCAACCUUUCAGAUAAAAUAAGGAAUCAGUUGGCCACUUUAUUUGAAGAGAGGUGUGGAAAGAGCUGUGAAUGUCAAAAAGGCGACAAAGGGCCCCCAGGACCACCUGGUGGCCAUGGAGGAAGAGGGGAUAAAGGUGAACAAGGACCCAAGGGACAAAAGGGCGAGGCUGAGAAAGGAGAACCUGGUGAAAAAGGUUCAGAGGGAAACCCUGGAUAUAAGGGAGAAAAGGGUGACAGAGGAGAAUGUGGAACACCAGGGUUAAAAGGAGACAGAGGGCUAGAUGGCCCUUCUGGCCCCAAAGGACCCAGAGGCCCUCAGGGUAUUGGUGGCCCACCAGGUGAUUCUGGCUCAAAAGGCAUUCAAGGAAACAAGGGAGAGCCAGGACCAGCAGGUCCUUAUGGUCCUGCAGGAAUCCCCGGAAUUGGAUAUCCAGGACCUAAGGGUGAUAGAGGUCAAGAAGGAAGAAUUGGGCUUCCAGGACCAACUGGAAUUGGUGAGCCAGGCUUAACUGGGCCACGUGGUCCUGAGGGCAUGCAGGGUGAAAGAGGUCCACCCGGUGAAGGACUCCCAGGACGGAAGGGAGAUAAAGGUUCUGAGGGACCUGCUGGACCGGUUGGAUCCCCAGGCUUAUCCAUCAAAGGAGAUAAGGGUGAACGAGGGAUGGAAGGAGCGCAGGGUCCAGUGGGACCACCUGGAACUGGCAUCCAAGGAAAUCAGGGUAUUCAAGGGCUGAAAGGUGCUCCUGGUGUGAAAGGGUCACGAGGAAUAGGACUGCCCGGACAAAAGGGAGAAAUGGGGCCAUCUGGACAAAAAGGAGAUAUAGGAGCGCCAGGAAUUGGGCAGCCUGGACCGAAAGGAGACCCAGGAAGGACAGGAUUUACAGGAGAAAGUGGGAAACCAGGAAUACAAGGGAUACCAGGAAAAAAGGGAGAACAAGGGCUGCCUGGCCCAAGAGGCCCAGAUGGAAUUCCAGGGACAGGACACUUGGGUCCAAAGGGUGAAGAAGGUCAGAAAGGUGCCCAAGGAUUAGAUGGACCACGAGGUAUUCCAGGCCCUGCAGGACCAAAGGGAGAAUCUGGAAUCAAAGGUGACAUUGGUUCUCCAGGACCUUCAAUACGUGGACAACCUGGCCCCAAGGGUGAACAAGGAUAUCCAGGCCCUCCUGGAAAUGAUGGAAGUCCUGGACAUACAAUUAUUGGACCUAAGGGUGCUCCAGGUGUUAUUGGACCUCCGGGACCACAAGGGGCUAAGGGGGAUGGUUUUCCUGGUCCACCAGGAUCUCAAGGAUUGCCUGGCUUUCCAGGACCAAGAGGCCUUAAAGGAGCUGGUGACCCGGGACAAAAGGGAGAACAAGGAGCACGAGGACCACCAGGGCCUCCUGGGCAAAGAGGAGUGGGAAUACCUGGGCCAAAGGGUAUUAUGGGACAAAAGGGUUUUCCUGGUCCUCCAGGUGCUCCAGGAGACAGCAUACAAGGAAAUAAGGGAGAGCAAGGAAUUCAAGGUUCAUCAGGACCAAAGGGCUCCAUAGGAAUUGGAUUACCUGGCCCAAAGGGUGACUAUGGAGAGAAGGGAGAGCAGGGAAAGAGAGGCAAUAAAGGAGAAAUUGGAGAGCCUGGCCCUCAAGGACCAAGGGGAUUUUCAGGACAAAAGGGUGAACCUGGUCUUACUAAAGAAGAAAUAAUCAAACUCAUUAUGGAGAUAUGUGGCUGUGGUGUUAAGUGCAAAGAAAAUCCUUUAGAGCUUGUAUUUGUGAUUGACAGUUCUGAAAGUGUUGGACCUGAAAACUUUGAAAGAAUUAAGCGGUUUGUAAAAACUAUGAUUGAUGCUAUCACAGUCAACCAAGCCACAACUCGCAUUGGCAUCAUCAAUUUUAGCCUCAAAGUGGAGGUGGUGUCUACACUGCAGCAAUUUCCUACCAAAGACAGUCUGAAAAACGCUGUUGAUACAAUGCAAUAUUAUGGGGAAGGCACAUACACUGCUACUGCUAUCAGCAAAGCCAUUGAUGUAUUUCAGAUGGCUCGACAAGGAGUUAGAAAAGUGGCAGUGGUAAUAACAGAUGGACAGGCAGAUCAACGUGACCCACAUAAACUGGAAGUAGUGGUGAGAGAUGCCCAUGCCCUCAAAAUAGAAAUAUUUGUAAUUGGAGUGGUACAGAAGACUGAUCCCAACUUUGAAAAUUUUCGAAAAGAAAUGGACCUAAUUGCUACUGAUCCAGACAGUGAUCAUGUCUACCAGAUCGAUGACUUCAUGACAUUGCAAGCUCUUGAGGAUAAGAUUUUCAAACAAAUUUGUGAAAAUGAUUUGAGUUCCUAUAUCACCGAAGUGCUCAGUUCAGCUCUUUCUCCAAGAUUUGAAACCAGCGAACAUGGCACUCAGUUAGCCAAAAUUGAUAUUCCUGGAUCAUAUGCCCCUCCCCUUCACCCAGAGACUAGUGAUUCUAGACCCAGUGAGAAAGAAGCAUUAUAUUUGGAUCGGUAUCAUAAUGUUACCCCAACCACUUAUAAGCAUAUUCCUGAACAUCAUAGACGCCCAGUCACUCCUCAUCCGGAUUUAGCAGUUGUGCCUACACCAGCUCUUGUUCCGCUUCCUACAGUAAUACAUGUUAUGAAAGGUAUGGAAGUGUUCUAA